AUGCCGAAACCCAUUCCGAUACCUCGCCUCGGGGACAACGGACAAACACGCUCCCCGAACACCUUCUCGAUGACAGCGAUCGGGAUCGUCACCUUCAUUGCCGUGCUCUCUUCCUUCCUCGACUCCGUCCUCGCCGCUCCUUCGGCACCGCAGCUCGUCUACCCUCUGCAAGCUCAACGACCUCCCGUCGCUCGAGUCGGCGUGGCCUACUCAUGGACAAUCUUGCCGGGGACGUUCAACGCUUCAUCGGGGUCGACUUUGACGUUGACGUCGAGGUCACUGCCGAGUUGGAUCGAUUUCGAUUCCGCUUCGGCGACGUUUUCAGGGAAUCCCAGAACGAGGGACGUGGGCUCGCACGCCGUAACGAUUAUGGCCAAUGUCACGGGCGUAGCCACUGGAGCGACGGACGAGUUCACACUACUCGUCGUCACGGAUCCUGGCCCGGACGUCUUCUUGCCCUUCUCGAAACAACUAUCCUCGGCGGCUUAUGCCGGAGGAGGAGGAGCCAGUCUUCUCCCCGAUGGCACACUCAAAGUGCCACCGAGUUGGUCCUUUUCGCUCGGGUUCCAGCAAUACACAUUCCAGGACCAGACGAACCAAUACGCUCAGAUCUACUACACCUCUUAUGCGGCGGGGACGACCCAGUUGCCGAGCUGGUUGAAGUUCGACAACCGAACCGUCACUUUCGGUGGCGUGGCGCCGUCGACACCGGGUGAUUAUUCUAUAGUCACGUAUGGAUCGAACUAUUUCGGAUAUGGGGAUGUACAGCAGACGCUCGUUUUCCGCGUAGGAACGCACAUUCUGACGAUGGCGGAGAAUCUGGCGCCUAUCCGAACCACGCCUUCGAGCACGGUCUCGUACCACUUCGAAUUCGACGGUCUGCGCAUCGACAACGCCUCUGUCACGACCGCCAAUCUGACGUCGAUCAACGUCAACCUCACCAACACAUCAUUCUUGACUUACGAUGCGUCGACGCAGACCAUCUCGGGAACGGUGCCUCCGACCCUAAUGGCCCCGCAGAACUUCACCAUCCCCGUCCUCCUCACCGAUCAGUACAACGGCACGCUGGCCACGAAUGUGUCGAUGGCGAUCUAUGCAUCCCUGUUCUCGAACUCGACGCCCGCGUCGAUCCAACUCGUCGCGGGUCAGACGUUCUCGCAGAACCUCUCCAGUAUCGCGACAGGUACGACCGCGACCUACUCGGCCGUCAUCAGUCCCUCGUCAGCUCAGCAAUGGGCGCAAUUCGACCCCCGGACCUUGAUCCUGAGUGGGACCGCGCCGACGACCGUGCAGAACGUCUCCGUCGCGUUCACGGCCGUGGAGAAGACGCUUAAUCUGACGAGUCAGGACAGCCUCAUCCUCGCUGUCGUGUCUCCAUCAUCAACGAGCAAGAGUGCAGCUACCUCCGCCGCAGCGGCAACGGGGAUUCAUUCGGGAUCCCCCUCGGAACUAUCGAGAGCCGCUCGCUUGGGACUUGCAUUGGGUUUAGGACUGGGCCUGGGAUUGCUCCUACUGGUAUUCAUCGCGGCUUGCCUGUGGCGUCGCAAGAACAAGAAACGACCUUAUUCGGACAUGUAUCGACGCUCGUUCGGUGCGGCGACGCCCACGACGUUCAAGUCUACUCGGACGGGAAGGUCGUCGACCAUCGUUGGCUCAACGUAUGAGGGGAGGACCUCGUUCGAGAAGCGACAGAAUGAGAAGGUUGGAACGCAAGGACCGCAGUAUGAGGAGCAACAACGCGUUUGGGCGGCUCCCGUCGUUCUGCCUGGCGGGAUGGAGGAGCUGUCGCCGAGGACGGUGCAAUCGGCCACGCCGACGCAGCCAGGUGGAUUCGCGGGCGCAGCGGCCAUGGUCAAGUCUUCCUCGUCCAACGUGAUGAGACGCUUUGAUCUGAUGGGGAUGUUCAGGAGUGCGACAGGGAUACUUCGACCCUCGUCCUCGCAGCCGGCGACGAACAAGGCCGACAUCUCGUUGCCGAUCGGAGCGCAGCAAAACUCGUUGCGGGGGUUGGGGCUCGGCGCCUCGUCAUCCUCGUUGGCAUUGGAUGAGGAUGGACGGCGGCAGUACUACGGAGCUCGGCCUAACGACCAUGACAUUGUCGACAUGCGACACCACGAUCCUUUCGCCGCUCCUGUUGGAGCUGGACGGCACGCUGACGAUUCGGGCUCUGAUCCGAGUCAAACGAGCCGAAACGACGGGCUGUCAUCGGACCUUUCCGAGCAAUCGAGGGACGAGUCCCACCUCGAGCGAUCGUCGACAUGGGCCUCGGGAGCGUCAUCCUCGCUGUUUUACUCGGAGUCGGAUCGUGAUUCGAGGUACCACCGAGCGGGUCCAGAGCGCGCGAACAAGCCGCGCGUUUCAGUUCCGCAGCAACGAAAGGAUUUCCAAGCCCUUGUCAUCAGUGCUCCGCCGCGGACAUCGAGCGCGGUACAUGCUGCGGACGAUUCGGUCUCUUCGAUGGGAUCAUCUUCGCCGUCGCAAAGUCGUCAGCUUUACGGAUCUUCCGAUGAAAGCCAGUCCACGUCGGCGACAGGGAUUCGUCUCGUGGCUUCGCAUACGAACUCGUCGGGGGAGUCGGCUUUCCCUCCUUCCAGUGGCUCGAGUGGUCACCCAGUACCGAGAGACACAACCGAUGCCUCGCUAGGCGACGCCUCGUUCGCUUCUUCACAAAAUCUUCCUCCGCCUCAAGUUCGACCCUUCACUCAAGAACGCCGCGUUUCGUCGUCUUCACAAGCCGGCAGUUCCUACUCGUCACAAACGGCGUUACGAGGGACAGCAGGCAACCGCAACCCGGCGAUCGAGGAUGCCGAUGAAUCGGCCGCUGUCUACACCACGGCGGGAGGUACUCGGAUGUCAGCUCGACCCGUGAGUGCGGUGUAUGAACCGCCGUCCAACGAUUCGAGAACAAUCAGUGCGGUCAUCUACCCUUACCUUGAUGAGAGGGACUCGAUGGCAACCACACAUCAAGGUCGACCGUCAAUCACGCCUUCGACGUAUUCGGAGUAUGCCGAACGAGGACGCGUCGACAGUGUACGACUGAUCCCAGGAACGGUCGUAAAUUCGCCCUUUGCCCUCUCUCCUACAACACCGGGGACAGGUAAUACGUGGCGGUACCCUUCUUCUCUAUCGGGGACAAGUACUACCUACUCCGUCUCGACGUCCCGAACGGACCUAGGGAUGUUCGACGAAGAUGGCGUACCCCCUCUGCCCGUCGAUCCCAGCAGAGUCCAAGUCAACAUCAACGAACCUUUCAGAUUCCACGUUCCGUUGCCAUUGCAGCAUUCGAGCUCGUCGACCGAGUUUGAGGCGUACCUUGACCCGCCUGGGAAUACGAAUGGGAACCGUCAGGGCUUGCCCGGGUGGAUCACAUUCGAUGAGACGGGGACCAAGGAAGUUAGUGGGGGCGCUAGGAGAGCAAAUGCUGGAGUCUUGCCGAUCGUGAGUCGCUUUUAUCUGUGAGACAUUGGCUUGAGCAUAAAGUAUAUUGCUGAUUGCGACGAAAAUUGUUGCACCACGUGCAGUUGAUCGUCGAGCGCUCGCAACCGAGGGAUAGUCGUCAUUCAAACGAGCUCGUCGAGGAGCAGGAACGAGUCGUCGCGCGGUACGAGAUUGAAGGUCAGUUGUUUGUCUCACUUUUCUUUUGAUAUUAUUAAGACCCUCGAUCCUGACCUUGUCUGUCACCUCUUAUCUCCACUCAAACCAGUCGCUGAGCGAGAACCAGAAUCAUUGACGUACCCCGAGGGCGAGGAACCUCAGGGUGAAUUACGGAUCAUCAGCUAUUGA